GGAAGAGGGGGGAGGGGAAAGGAAAAGCUGGGGGAGGGUCAGGCCGGCCGGCUCUCGGGGACCAGGUGGGACUGUCCGGGCUAUGUCUUUGAGGGCCCAGCAUCCUCCUUGGGAACCCAUAAUCCUCUCCUACACCAGGCGUCCUUGACCUCCCACGUUGAUGUGGGGCGUGUUGUGUUUCAAAGUGCUAAGAAAGAUGCAGCGACGGCACAGCAGCAUCACCGACAGCCUUCCACCUGAAAGAAGCCGGAGCCAAGCCAUCACCUCAGAGACCAGCGUGGACCAAGGGGGAGUUUUCGAAAGCCUGAAGACGGAAGCCCCCUCCCCUCCACCGCUCUUCUCGGGGCUGGGGGGAAUCCCAUCAGGCAGUAUCUCUGCCACCCCUUUCCAGUCCAGUUUGCUCCUCGGGUCCUCAGCUGGAGGGGGCGAGGUCUUCAUCCAGAUGCCCGCCCCUCGGGAGGAGGGACCAAGCCGGACAGAGGCGGGGCUCUAUCACUACCGGCAACCGCAUCAUUACCAUCACAGCCACCAGCGGGGGUCCUCCCUUCUGCAUAUGAGUGGCACUGACCGCCACGGGCAUCCAGAAGAGACCCCCGAUGACCAGCCUGGCACGCCGGCCCCGGCUCUUCCCGAGUUGAAGGUGGUCAUCUCCUGGCUACAAGACGGCCUGCCGUUCAUCGUCAUCCUGCUGGCUAAACUUUGUUUCCAGCACAAACUGGGAAUUGCCCUCUGCCUGGGCAUGGCCAGCACAUUUGCAUAUGCAAAUUCAGCCCUUCGAGAACAAGUCUCUUUAAAGGAAAAGAGGUCCGUUUUCGUGAUUUUCUGGAUCGUGGUCUUCCUGGCAGGAAACACCCUGUAUUUGCUCUACACCUUCAACUCCCAACAGCUGUAUAACAGCCUCAUCUUCCUGAAACCCAAUCUGGAGAAGCUGGAUUUCUUUGACCUGAUGUGGAUGGUGGGCAUCACAGAUUUUGUCCUGAAGUAUCUCACCAUCGCUCUGAAGUGCCUGGUGGUGGCCCUGCCCAAAAUCAUCCUUGCGGUUAAAUCAAAGGGGAAGUUCUACCUGGUCAUUGAAGAAGUAAGCCAGUUGUUCCGUUCCCUGGUCCCCAUCCAGCUGUGGUAUAAGUACAUCAUGGGGGAUGAUCCAUCCAGCAGCUAUUUCCUUGGGGGAAGUCUUAUCAUCAUGUACAGCCUCUGCAAAUCUUUUGACAUCUGCGGCCGUGUGGGAAGUGUGACCCGGGCAGUCAGAGUCCUCUGUGCUCCACAGAGCUACGGGGUCCGUGCGACCAACCAGCAGUGCAGCGAGGCGGGAGACAUCUGUGCCAUCUGCCAGGCUGAAUUUAGAGACGCGGUGAUGCUCUUAUGCCAGCACGUUUUCUGUGAAGAGUGCCUCUGCCUCUGGUUUGACCGGGAGAAGACCUGUCCACUCUGCCGCUCUCUGGCUGUGGAAACCCUGCGAUGUUGGAAGGACGGUACCACUUCUGCUCAUUUCCAGGUGUAUUGACUUGCGGGAUACCCCAAGAAAUGUUUGCUGAGAAGACACCCUAGUGAGGAAGGGUAAGAGGGAGCAUUCUCCAGAAUAUCUCUGUGGAAUCGCUGUAGCUUCCCCUUCCUGCAUGAGGCAACUUGCUAGUUCUUCAUCUUCUCUCUGGAGCAUCAGUAAUUGGUGGAAACUUAAAUGUUGACGUCCUUGUGGCCCUUCCUUGCUGGUCGAACUGCUUUACUCCAAAACAACUGGGCACUUAUUUGAGGUCCUGAGUACAUCUGUUCUAUCACCAGGAACCCUGGGGGGGGGGUGCAGUGGUGUAAAGUACAGCAAACUCUGCCCACAGUCAGGAGUUCGAUCCUGACCGGCUGAAGGCUGUACUCAGCCUUCCAUCCUUCUGAGGUCGGUGAA